UGGUGCUGGCAAGAUCGCGCAUCUUUCUUACCUCUGUGAAUCUUAGUGCUGAGUUUGUGCUACAGUGAGUGAAAAUCAUGGAAGGGUUCACGGUACUCUUGUUUAGCUCCAAUACCAUCUACCUGCUGGUGGGAUGCUUUGUGGUCACACUGUUUCUGCUUCUGUCGGAAGCUCAUCAAAAAGUGACCGUGAAAAGUGAUCUGGUGAAGUCGGUGUUGAAGAUCGUUAAGGGACAGUGGUGGUCAGUGCUGGAUCAGAAUAACAAUCGUGAGUCAGUGAGAGCCUUGCGAAAGGCGCCGGGUCCGCGCAGUUAUCCGAUCAUCGGAAAUCUGAAGGAGCUGGACGGGUACGAAGUACCGUACCAAGCGUUUAGCGUGCUGGCGAAAAAGUACGGCCCUGUUGUGAAUCUAAAGCUGGGCUUUGUCGAUGCGGUUGUCGUGAACGGUAUCGAUCAUAUCAAAGAAGUGCUGAUCAACAAAGCUCAACACUUUGAUAGCCGACCCAACUUCCGCCGCUACCAGCUGCUGUUUUCCGGAAAUAAGGAAAAUUCUCUUGCAUUCUGUGACUGGUCCGAGACCCAGAAGGCACGCCGUGAUAUGCUGAUCCCGCACACCUUCCCGCGCAACUUCUCCGGCCGUUUCCAUGAGCUGAACAACUUUGUCAACGACGAGAUCAGCUCAAUGUUGGGAGACGUCCGAUCAAAUGAAACCAUCGAAAUUAAGCCAGUUGUGCUGAACAUCUGCGCGAACGUAUUCUCACAGUACUUUGCCAGCCAUCGUUUCGACGUAGAGAACCCCAAGUUCCAAAAGCUGGUGAAAAACUUUGAUCAGAUCUUUUACGAAGUGAACCAAGGUUACGCUGCCGACUUUCUGCCAUUUCUCCUUCCGCUGCAUCACCGUAAUCUGAAGCGCAUGGACCAGUUGGCAGAGGAGAUUCGCGAGAUCAUGCUGGAAACGAUCAUCAACGAUCGGUACAACUCCUGGGUCGAGGGCAACACCGAGAACGAUUACGUCGACAGCUUGAUCAACCAUGUCAAGUCCAAGAUCGGUCCGGAAAUGGAGUGGGAAACGGCCCUGUUCGCGCUGGAGGACAUCAUCGGUGGCCACUCUGCCGUGGGAAACUUCCUGGUCAAAACGUUCGGCUACAUCAUCCAGCACGCCGAGGUUCAGCAGAAGAUCCAAGCCGAGGUAGACCGCGUCCUGGAGGAGGGUGGCAAGCAGUGCGUGGAUCUGUCCGAUCGUAACCAGAUGCCGUACACGGAAGCUGUCAUCAUGGAGGCGCUGCGGCUGAUUGCUUCCCCGAUCGUGCCACAUGUCUCCAACCAGGACAGCCAAAUUGGAGGUUUUGACGUGCCGAAGAACACCCUGAUCUUCCUCAACAACUACGACCUCAGCAUGUCCGGCGACCACUGGGAGCAGCCGGAAGCGUUCAUGCCAGAGCGCUUCCUCCAGAACGGGCGCCUCGUCAAGCCGGAUUUUUUCAUCCCAUUUGGCGCCGGACGGCGGUCCUGCAUGGGCUACCGAAUGACGCAGCUCAUCAGCUUCUCCAUCAUUGCCAAUAUGCUCCGAUCGUACACGCUGGCGCCCCUCAGCGGCCGCUCCUACUUUGUUCCGGUAGGAUCGCUCGCAAUGCCAGAGAAGUCAUAUGAAUUUCAAAUCAGUCCUCGACAUUGAAUCCCACACAACCGACUCACACGCACAUUGCCACAAAAAUUCAUUCAGUGUUUCAUUUGUAACGCGUCUCUAUCGGUUCAGAACGGAAAGUAAGCAAUACUCGCUAUUCUCGAUUUGUAAUUUAAUUUCAUUCAGAUCGCUACACUCCUCGAUCCCACUCCUCAUUCAAUGUGCGAACGCGUCCGCCAAAAACAGAACUGAGAACGCUACCGCAUACCAGAGUCCUUCCAGAGCUCCUCCAGAUAUCCCAUUUCCUUUCCCCUUAAAUAUCCACGCCCCCUUUCGUGUAUAAGCCUGUAAGUCCCACAUUAAUGACCUAAUUCAAGUGCUCGUUUAUGUACGCGCGCACAGGAGUUGAUGUGUAAUGUAACUGAAAUUGCAAAAGUAUUCACUGUAUUAUUAUUAUGAACACAUUUGCAUUUGAUCUUUGCCUGUGAUGUAACGAUGGUGGACCACACCGGAACUCGUACGAUUGAUCCGGUGUACUGAGAGAAAGUGAGAGUGAAUCAAUUAUUUGUAUAGCUCGUAAGGCAAAACCUACACACACUGUGACUAGUUGUAAGCUUAGCUUGUUUGUGUUUAUUUUAUUCCCCGCUUCAACUGACUAUUAGGUAGCUCGAUAUUUCCAUUAUGUAAAUUUGCAACUUGUUGUUAAACUAAGUUCGACAAAUGCGACUAAGAGAGUAAGUGCAAAAGCGUUUGCCAAAGAUUAAGCGAAAGCAACAAUUUGACGGUAGAGAUUGGUGUACACAAACGUGUGGUAGGGUCUGAAUUUCAAAUUGAUCGAUUCUAGCAUUAUGAAUUUUAAUUUAAGUGCUUUAGCUUUGAGCUCUGCCAGUAGUGUUU